AUGACUCGACAAAAAUCGAUUAAGAAUAUCAAAAAAGGAUUAUUCCCCGUUAGAAAGAGCGCCCGAGUGCAAAAUCAAAAGAACAGGAACAUCCCAAGCGUUAAAGAAAUGGCUCAAAAGAUCAUUAAUGAGAAGGCUGAGCUUGAUGACAAGGAACAAAAUCAACUUGACGCUUCCUCGGAUCACGUGGCCCCAAAUUCGAAAACCAUCCUGACUUGUUCAACGGAUAUCAUCAGAAUGAUUGGGAAGAUGAGCGGUCUAGCAGCCAUGUUCAAUUUCUCUCUUGCCUGCCAAACUGCAUUCUCUGGUCUUCGCGGCUUGUUGAAAGUUCCAAGUCUUGAGAUUCGUCAAAACUUCUGGGAGACUCGAAUCUCUACUGCAGCCAAGGAGACAUUUGUGAUAACUGAAAACUAUUAUGGACAGUUGGAAAGAAAUCCAGAGCGUCACUCGCUGGGUGGAAUUUCGGUUUUAAUUGAAACGGGCGGUCUGCUGCACUGUGCACAUACACACACGUCCUCCUCCUCCCAGUCAAUUGAGUCACAUUCAAAUUUUCCCGCCAAACCAUUGGUUAUUGAUCGGCACUUUCUGCUGACCACACAGUUCUGCCAUACAAUGGAUCUAGAGCAAGAACCUAUGUCCAACUACGAAUUAGAAUUGGCUGCCGAGCUGGACAAAUUGACGAUUGAUCGGAACAAAUCGUCAAAACCAAACGAUUUCCGAUUGAUAAAAGUUGUUGGAAGAGGAGGAUAUGGGAAAGUGAUUCUGGCUCGCAAAAAUGUUGACAAUAAGAUUUAUGCUUUAAAAGUCAUCAACAAGCCACAAAACGAGUCAAACCUGCAAGCAGUCAUUGACGAAAUCAAAGUUUUCAAAUAUGUGAACUCCCCAUUCAUCUGCCAGAUGUUCGACUAUUUCGAGGCGAACAGAAAAAUCUAUUUCGUCCUCGAAUUUCUUCCUGGAGGUGAUUUGUUCACAUUAAUGGCAAAAAAGGAGACAUUUGAUGAAGAUGAAACCAGAUUCUAUCUCGCACAAAUUGUCAUUGGCUUGGAGUACCUCCAUAAUAAUGAUAUUAUCUAUCGUGAUCUCAAAGCUGAGAAUAUCUUGAUUGAUGAGCAUGGAAAUCUUAAAUUGACGGACUUUGGAUUAGCGAAAUUCAAUUUUCCUAUCGGGAGCAAGACACAAACCCGAUGUGGAACCGCCGAAUGCCAAGCACCAGAAAUGAUUAAAGGAAGACCAUAUGGACAUGAAAUCGAUAUUUGGGCUAUAGGAAUCCUUGCAGUCUAUAUGCUUACAGGAGCCCCGCCGUUCACUGGAGAAACCAAAAAAGAAGUUAGACUCAGUAUUGUAAAGACCAAACUCUCUUAUCCUGAAGGCUCAUCUGAAUCCUGCAAGGAAGCUUUGUGUUUGACAUUGAAGAGAAUCCCAGAGAAAAGAGUCACUCUAGCCGAGUUCAAAAAACUUGACUUCUUUGAUUCGAUUGAUUGGACUUUGAUGGAAAUGCAGAAACUGAAACCGCCAUUCCCACCAGAAAUCUCUGACGAUGAGGAUGUUUCGCAAUUCGAUACAUAUUUCACCGAUAUGACGCCUACUGUCUCCCCGUGCAAGGCUGUUCGAAAACCAACUCAGAAAAAAGAUCCAUUUGAAGGAUUCGAUAGCAACGCGGAAUCAAUUAGUGAUGCAGUGGCAAACAAUAAUUGA